AUGGCAUUUGAUGGCACUUGGAAAGUUGACCGGAGUGAGAACUAUGACAAGUUCAUGGAAAAACUGGGUGUUAAUGCUGUGAAAAGAAAGCUUGCCGCUCAUGACAAUUUGAAACUGAUAAUUACACAGGAAGGAAAUAAAUUCACCAUCAAAGAAUCAAGCACUUUCCGAAGCAUUGAAAUUGUGUUUGAUCUUGAUGUCAAUUUUAAUUACAGCUUGGCGGAUGGAACUGAACUCAGUGGAACCUGGAGCCAAGAGGGAAACAAACUUGUUGGAAAAUUCAAGAGAGUAGACAAUGGACAUGCCCUGAAUACUGUCCGAGAAAUUAUAAAUGGUGAGCUAGUCCAGACUUAUACAUACGAAGGAGUAGAAGCCAAGAGGAUCUUUAAAAAGCAGUGA